AUGGCAUCUCUACCUCUGCCCUCAUCGACUUCUCACAAACCCACGGCUUCAUUAGACUUGUCAAAGAAGCUGUCGAGCUUGCGAACACACCGGCGGAACCCAUCUGCUCUAUCUUCCCAAGCAGCAGCGCCCCCCACGCCACAGCUUCCAGAUCGACCAACCCUCACCCAACAUCAGUUUAUUCGUCCGGUGCCUCGUAUCCUUUCUCCGCAGGACCUCGAAACAUUCCUCUCCUCUCCGGCACAUAGUCUGAUUAUAGCUUUUGUUUUCAAUGUGUCCGACAGUGUUCGACAGCAGUCAGUAUCAUCCCUUGUUCAGCUACCAGUGUCGGAAACGAUACGAAAGGUUCUAUCGAUACUUUCAGCCAUAGAGGAGCUGAUUGAUAAGCAUCCCUCCCUUGAUCAAAAUGGUUCGCGGUUUGGAAACCCAGCAUUUCGUGAUCUAUUUGAUGAUAUUGCGGCACACAGUGUGCAGUGGCACAAAGAUAUCCUCGGGCUCGACGAUCCAGCGGCGAUCGAAGAGGUGUCAACAUACUUAAUACACUCACUAGGCUCACGAUCUCGCCUCGAUUUUGGAUCUGGUCAUGAGUUGAAUUUCAUGAUGUGGCUGCUUUGUCUAUACCUGUUUGGAAUGCUGGACAGGAACGACUUUCCCGUCAUUGUUUGCCAUGUCUUUAUCCGCUAUAUGAAACUUAUGCGUCACGUGCAGACGACCUAUUAUCUAGAACCUGCCGGAUCGCAUGGGGUAUGGGGUCUAGAUGAUUAUCAUUUUAUCCCAUUCCUCUUUGGCGCCGCUCAGCUAACCGGACAUCCCUACAUUACUCCUCUGGCCAUCCACAACAACGUCGUCUUGGAUGAAGAAGGAGACAAUUGGAUUUAUCUAGACCAGGUCCGAUGGGUGGACAGUGUCAAGACAGUCAAAGGAUUGCGCUGGCACAGCCCAAUGCUAGAUGACAUAUCUGGUGCUAAGAACUGGUAUAAGGUCGAAGCCGGUAUGAAGAAAAUGUUUGUCAAAGAAGUCCUCGGCAAAUUACCGAUCAUGCAGCACUUCUUAUUCGGAAGCUUAAUACCUGCUUUGCCAGAAAUGGGUGAGCGAAGCGAGAAGGCAGAGCAGCCCGACCCCGGCAAUGGCCAUGCCCAUUCCCACCAAAACGAUUUCUGGGGUGAUUGCUGUGGCAUAAAGGUUCCCAGUGCAGUAGCCGCAGGGGAAGAAAUGCGGAAAAGGCAAGGAGGAACAGGGUUACGGCCAAUUCCAUUUGACUAA